AAGCGUCCACAAUUUGCCUCUCCUCUUCUCUUUUUUGCCUACAUUUACAGAGACCUUUUCUUCUUCUUGACUCAUUUCAUUGCACAUAAUUCCCUCUUUAUUUCAUAUUCCUCUCCCCUCUCUCUCUUUAUGUUAUCCUCUUUCACAUCUUGACCCGCUUUUCAAGAAUAUAUAUAUAUGUAUCAAUUACUUAAACAAAUCUACAUUGUUUGUAUAUUAUAUGUAUUAUUGAUUCGAUUUAUUGAUUUACGUUUUUUAAAUGUAUUAAACCAAUAAUAUAUUAUAGAUAUAGUUAUCCAACCUCUUCUCCGUAACAACCUCUUCUUCUUCUUCUUUUCUUUUUGUUUUUGACUCAUUUCAUUGCACAUAUGAUCCCUCUUUAUCCCAAAUUCCUUCUCUUUCUCUGUUUCUGUUAUUCUCUUUCAUAUUCCUAUAUUAUAGCUCAUACUUUUACCCAUCCAAACCCAAAAACACUUCUACACAAACCUAGUUUCUUCGCCGCCACAGUUUACACAAUGAAUGCAUUUCUUCUUCUUCUUCUUCUUCAUGUAGUUUUACUGCAAAUUUAGUCACCCAUCAAUCAAUCAAUCAGCAUGGACAAGCACCGGAAAUGGACGUAUUCCAUUACCAAGCUUGUAUUCUGGGCAACCAUUUUUGCGGGUGCCUUUCUUUUCUUCUGUUUGCGUUCUUCUCCUCCGUCUCAUUCUACAACUAUGAAAUGGGGUAGUAGUAGUAAUACCCCACAAUGGGAAAAGCGUGUCAGAUUAUCUGCUCGUUCACGUUCCGGUCAUUUAUCCGUUCUUGUUACCGGCGCCGCCGGGUUCGUUGGGUCUCACGUCUCCGCCGCACUCAAACGCCGUGGUGAUGGGGUUGUUGGAUUGGAUAAUUUCAACAGCUAUUAUGACCCAUCGUUGAAAAGGGCCCGUCAGAAAUUGUUGGAACAGAAAGGGGUUUUCGUCAUGGAAGGUGAUAUCAAUGAUGAAAAGCUUCUGAAAAAGCUUUUCGAUAUUGUUGAAUUCACCCACGUAAUGCACUUAGCUGCACAGGCCGGCGUUCGUUACGCAAUGAAGAAUCCUGGUUCUUACAUCCAUAGCAACAUUGCAGGUCUCGUUACCCUUUUCGAGGCCUGCAAAUCCGCUAACCCACAACCUUCAAUUGUUUGGGCAUCAUCCAGUUCUGUUUAUGGGCUCAAUUCCAAAGUACCCUUCUCAGAAAAAGAUCAAACGGAUCAACCAGCCAGUCUAUACGCUGCCACAAAGAAAGCCGGUGAAGAAAUUGCACAUACGUACAAUCACAUCUACGGUCUUUCCAUUACAGGGUUAAGAUUCUUCACUGUUUAUGGACCUUGGGGUAGGCCAGAUAUGGCGUAUUUCUUCUUCACAAAGAACAUACUAAAAGGAAAGCCCAUUUCAGUAUUUCAAGGUUCAAACAACAAAAGUGUAGCUAGAGAUUUUACCUACAUUGAUGAUAUAGUAAAAGGGUGUUUAGGGGCUUUGGAUACAGCAGAGAAGAGCACAGGAAGUGGUGGUAAGAAGAAGAAGAAUGCACAAUUAAGAGUGUUUAAUUUGGGGAAUACUUCACCAGUUCCAGUGACAAAGUUAGUUAGCAUAUUGGAGAAACUACUAAAGGUAAAGGCUAAAAGAAAUGUAUUGCCAUUGCCAACAAAUGGAGAUGUGAUGUUUACUCAUGCUAAUAUCAGUUAUGCUCACAAGGAAUUUGGAUACAAACCCACUACAGAUUUGCAGAUGGGGUUGCACAAAUUUGUUAAUUGGUAUCUUGAUUACUAUUCAGUAAGUGAAAAGAAGAUUUAUUGAUCAAGUAUAUGGUGUUCCAUGAGACUCUUGUAUAGCCAUUUUAAUUUUUUCUUUUUUUUAGUCUCUUUUUUUUCUUGGAUUAGUUUGUAUUAAUUACUUGCAGUUAGGUGGAUUUAUUAUGCUAAUGAUCUCACACGUAGUGUUAAUGAGUUGAGGUUCUAUCAAAAUGUGUUCAUGCCUUUUAUUGCUCUUUACAUGAUUGUGCUAUUAAGGGUACUUACUAAUUGUAUAAAUUCUUAGUCUUAUUAAGAAAUUCACUUCUUGGUA